CGCGAAGGAGGUGGCGAAGCUGCUGGAGAUGAAGGCACAGCUGGGGGGGGAUGAGGGGAAACACAAGUUUGUGCUCAAGACCCCAAAGGGCACACGGGACUACAGCCCCAAGCAAAUGGCCAUUCGUGAGAGAGUCUUCAAUGCGAUCAUCACCUGCUUCAAGCGCCAUGGAGCAGAAGUCAUUGAUACACCUGUGUUUGAGCUGAAGGAGACACUGACAGGGAAAUAUGGUGAAGACUCGAAGCUCAUCUAUGAUCUGAAAGAUCAAGGAGGAGAGCUGCUGUCACUGCGCUACGACCUGACAGUGCCCUUCGCUCGCUAUUUGGCGAUGAACAAAAUCACCAACAUUAAGCGCUACCACAUUGCAAAGGUCUACAGGCGGGACAACCCAGCCAUGACCAGGGGCCGCUACAGGGAGUUCUACCAGUGUGAUUUUGACAUUGCCGGUCAGUUCGACCCCAUGAUUCCUGAUGCCGAGUGCCUGAAGAUUGUGCAUGAGAUCCUGAGUGACCUGCAGCUUGGGGACUUUCUCAUUAAGGUCAAUGAUCGGCGCAUCCUUGAUGGGAUGUUUGCAGUUUGUGGUGUCCCAGACAGCAAGUUCCGAACCAUCUGCUCCAGCGUUGACAAACUGGAUAAGAUGCCA